AUCUGAAGCAAACGAAACGAACAUCCCAAAAGCACACACACACACACACACACACACACACCGACACCAGCGAGGCAGAGAGUGUGUGUGUGCGAGAGCGAGCACUAAAAGUAAUUCCGUGUUCGAGUAAAAAGUGCAAGUGCAGAACGAAAUAAAACAGCAGCAACAACAACAUUACAGGCAACCCACAAAGGGGAACCACCCGAAAACAACUUAAUGUCCAAACGAAAUAAGUGAAAUUUUCACACAGAAAUUAAUAAAGACAUUAGUGCGUGUGGGCGUGUGGCUCAUUGGGGAAUAGAAACCAAAAACCAGAGGAGCAACUACUGCGUGAAAUGUGCGGACUGGAGCCGUACAGCCAGCACCAGCUGGCGCCCCACCAUCAGCGGAGAUCCUCUCGCUGGCUCCAGCAGAGGCAGGAGCACCACCACCACCAUCACCAUCACCAUCACCACCACCAAUGCCAUCAUCAGCAGCGGCUGGAGCAACAGGCUCCGGGCAGACAGACCGGCUCGGGGUCGAGGUCGAGGACAGCCACCCAUUUGCAGAUUUGGUACAUUCUACAUGUGAUAUUAGUCCUAAUCGACAUUAGCAGCUCCCUGACAAUGACCGAGGUGAAGAUACCCAAUCACAUAAUGCGGCUGAAGAGCGCCACUCUGGGCUGUCGUUAUGCGCUGGACGGCGAGUCGCUGUACUCGGUGAAAUGGUACAAGGAUGGACACGAGAUCUACCGCUAUGUGCCGCGCGAUAAGCCCCCUGGACAGGCGUUCCCCCUGCCGGGAGUCAACAUCGAUCUGCGUAACUCCUCGGACACACAGAUAAUCCUGCGACGCGUAACACUCCAAAGUUCUGGACUCUACCGCUGCGAGGUGUCCGGCGAGGCGCCCGCAUUCAACACCGUCUCCGAGUCGGAGACCAUGACGGUUGUGGUGACACCCAACCAUGGCCCGAAGAUAACCGGCGGACAGCCGCGUUACCAGAUCGGAGACACUGUCCGCGUCAACUGCACCUCGUCGCCGUCCAAGCCGGUGUGCCACCUGAGCUGGCUGAUCAACGGGGAGCCGGUGCAGAAGGCCCACUUGCGGCAGUACGACAAAAUAGUGGUCAAUCGGGAUGGCCUGGAGAUGGCGCGCCUGGGCCUGGAGUUUCGCGUGCGUCCCUUCCACUUCAAGCACGGGGAUAUGAAGCUCAAGUGCGUGGCCAAGAUCAGCUCGUUGUACUUGCAGAGCAACGAGGAGAGCGUGGAAAGCGAUCGCCAGCAGCGAGCACCGGCCCUGGAGUCCCGCGAAACGGUGGCGGCCAAGUCCAGCACUAUUGGUGCCGCCGGCUCAAGGCUGCCCUCCCAUGUCGUGUCGUUGCUGCCACCAAUUCUGCUGCUUCUGCUGCUCCGGGCCUGGCCCUGGUCGAGGGCGAGUUAACUAUCUGCGGCCCCAGCUGAGACUCUGAACAGUAAACCGGAAAGAUACAUAUGAACUAUUUAGCACAGCAGCAGUCGAGUCCUAGUGGAAAAGCAAACAUAUCCUAUGCCAAAAUCUCAAAGAAAAAAUGAAAAGAUUAAGUAAAUCCUUGAUAUCGAAAUUCAAUUGAUGUUUGUGUGCGUGUGUGUGAAUGGAAAUGCAAGGAAAAUUCGCAGGAAAAACUACUCAAAUCGAGCAUUUAAGCAGAGGCUAAGAAACUGUACAUAAAUAUGCAUAAUUUUAGGCAAAGAAAUCGUUGUUUUUAGGCAAAAAAAAAAACAAAAAAAGAAAAAAACUUGAAACAAGAUAACAUAAAUACAUUCGUUAAUCUUUUGUGAUAUUUUCUUGAUUUUGAAAAGGAGGGAAAUAAAAUAA